AUGACUGACUAUAUGGCCCAAAUGCUCAAUGAGCUUAUGGGGCCACAACGUAACUCGUUACCUGGGGAGGGCGCUGCUAUUGACUUUGAUCACCCUGACGUAUGCAGAGACUUCCUCGUUGGUUUCUGUCUUGCAGAAGCGUUUCGGAACACAAAAAACGACCUGGGAUUUUGUCAAUAUCCUAUACAUGACGAAGCUUUGAAGAAACGCUAUCAGGAAAGCAACCGUUUUGGUCGUCUCGGUUACGAAGAGAAAUAUUUUGAAAGGCUUAAUCGUUUGCACAAUGAAGUAAGAAGAAAAAUUGAGAAGAAUGAAGCUCGAUUAGUUCACACGAGAGCUGACACUCAUGUUUCAAGUGAAGUUUACGAUAAGAAAAAACAAAAUUUGAUCGAGAAGCGCGAAAUACUCGGCAGGCGCAUCGAAGGUCUUAUGGAGGAGGCUGAGAUUGAGGGCGCACAAGGAAAUGUCGCUGCUGCGCAAACCGCUGUCCAAAAGGCAGACGAGCUGACCAAAGAACGUGAUGCUCUGCAGAAGGAAGAGGAGAAUUUGGAGAUUGAAAGACAGCGGGCAAUUGUUAUGGAAGAACAAUUAACGGCGGGAAAUAAGCAAAUGCAAGUAUGCCAGGUGUGUGGGUGUUUCAUGCUCACGAACGAUGCUCAAAGUCGCAUUGAUGAUCACCUUAGUGGAAAGCUGCACAUAGCCUACACAAGGAUCAAGGAACAAAUCGAUCUUAUGGCGAAGAACAAAGAGGAAAAGAGGCUCCAACUAGAGAGAGAAAAAGGAAAGGACAGAGAUGACAAGACGGAGAGAAAGCAUGAUGAUCGCGACAGAGAUCGUGAACGGGAUAGAGAUCGCAAGGAACGUGACAGUCGUAGGGACCGUAGCAGAGACAGAGACAGGAAAAGCUCUCGCCGUUCGAGAAGUCGAGAUGGGAGAGAUCGCCGUUCUGAUGACCGGCGAGGAUCGGAUCGACGGGAUCGCCGCGAUAGGAGUCGGUCACGUGACCGCAGGGCAGUUGCAUCAUGCAGAAUAGGAUGCAAGAUGAUUAGUAGCUUGAAUGAUCAUGGCGGUUCUACUGGACCUGAUCAAGCUGGUCAAAGCACUGAGAUGGCUAUUGCAAACGACUUCAUAUGGUAA